GAUCUUACAGCCUUGCCCUGCGUUUUCGUUAUAUAACCGCACAUUUCUUGCCAAAAUAUCUGCGUAGCACCCCAUACAGACACAAAAAUACUCUCCAUCUCUUCUUCGAUCGAGCCUAGCUCGGGCCCGAUCACCGGAAAAACUCGCAUUUCCAUCCCCGGCUGCGAAUUACUUGACGAAAAACGAAAAUGAGAGAAAUCCUUCACGUUCAAGGUGGACAGUGUGGAAAUCAGAUUGGAUCUAAAUUUUGGGAGGUCGUUUGCGACGAGCAUGGCAUUGACCCCACUGGACGAUACACUGGAUCCUCUGAUCUGCAGCUGGAGCGCGUUAAUGUGUACUACAAUGAGGCCUCCUGUGGGCGAUUUGUCCCUCGUGCUGUGCUCAUGGAUCUUGAGCCUGGUACCAUGGACAGUGUGAGGACUGGUCCAUAUGGUCAGAUCUUUAGGCCUGAUAACUUUGUGUUUGGGCAAUCUGGUGCUGGAAAUAACUGGGCCAAGGGGCAUUAUACUGAGGGAGCUGAGCUGAUUGAUGCGGUUUUGGAUGUUGUGCGGAAGGAGGCUGAGAACUGUGACUGUCUUCAAGGUUUCCAAGUUUGUCACUCUCUCGGUGGUGGAACUGGUUCUGGAAUGGGAACUCUGUUGAUUUCUAAGAUCAGGGAGGAAUACCCUGACAGAAUGAUGCUCACAUUCUCUGUGUUCCCUUCACCCAAGGUUUCAGACACUGUGGUUGAGCCCUAUAAUGCCACCCUUUCUGUACAUCAACUAGUUGAGAACGCUGAUGAGUGUAUGGUACUUGACAAUGAGGCCUUGUAUGACAUUUGUUUCAGGACUCUCAAGUUAACUACUCCCAGCUUUGGUGAUCUGAACCACCUGAUCUCUGCAACUAUGAGUGGAGUCACUUGCUGCCUGAGGUUCCCUGGUCAGCUUAACUCUGAUCUCAGGAAGCUUGCAGUGAAUCUUAUCCCCUUCCCCCGAUUGCACUUCUUUAUGGUUGGAUUUGCUCCUUUAACAUCACGUGGUUCUCAACAAUACCGUGCGCUAACUGUCCCAGAACUGACCCAGCAAAUGUGGGAUGCCAAGAACAUGAUGUGUGCUGCAGACCCACGCCACGGGCGCUACUUGACUGCCUCAGCCAUGUUCAGGGGUAAGAUGAGCACAAAGGAAGUCGACGAACAAAUGAUCAAUGUCCAGAACAAGAACUCCUCAUACUUCGUUGAAUGGAUCCCUAACAAUGUCAAGUCUAGUGUCUGUGAUAUCCCUCCUAGAGGACUUUCUAUGGCAUCAACUUUCAUCGGUAACUCAACUUCAAUCCAGGAAAUGUUCAGGCGUGUCAGCGAGCAAUUCACAGCCAUGUUUAGGAGAAAGGCUUUCUUGCAUUGGUAUACCGGUGAAGGGAUGGAUGAAAUGGAGUUUACCGAGGCCGAAAGCAACAUGAAUGAUCUUGUGUCUGAAUAUCAGCAAUACCAGGAUGCUACAGCUGAGGAGGAGCUUGAAUAUGAGGAUGAAGAGGAAGGGAUGGGUGAAAUGCAAUGAGCUAUGAGGUGACCUUUUCUAUUGGCAUUUACAGCAAAUGUUAUACCUUAAUAUAUAGCUUCUGCUUUUUUGUGGAACAUGGGUGAUGAAUUUUUUCAAUGUAUGAGGUAGUGUUUGGAUAGAGUUGAAAAAGUGAAUCUUCCUAGUAAAUGAGUAUAUGUUUGUAAUGUGGGAGGUGAAAAAGGUUAUUUUGUAUUUCUGUUGAAGCUCAAUUCUGGCUUUGGUUUCAUAUCCAUUUCUAUAAAUAUAAUGAAGUUCUUUAUGUAA